AUGGCGCUGAGCCCCCCCGAGCGGGGCGCGCCCGCGCUGCCGCUGCACUCGCCAUGGACCUUCUGGCUGGACAAGUCACUUCCUGGUACAACGGCGGCUGAAUGUGCAUUAAAUUUGAAGAAGAUUUAUACAGUACAAACAGUGCAGGAUUUCUGGAGUGUCUACAACAACAUUCCUCCUGUAACAAACUUGCCUCUGAGGUGUAGCUACCAUUUAAUGCGGGGAGAAAGGCGCCCGCUUUGGGAAGAAGAAAGCAAUGCCAAAGGAGGUGUAUGGAAAAUGAAGGUCCCUAAAGAAAGUACGGCUGCAGUUUGGAAAGAGCUACUGCUAGCAACUGUUGGAGAGCAGUUUACAGAUUGUUGUGCAGCAGAUGAUGAAGUAAUAGGGGUUAGUGUCAGUGUUCGUGACCGUGAAGAUGUUGUGCAAGUCUGGAACAUGAAUUCCUCUUCAGCAAGUGAAGCAAACGUUUUAGAAAAGAUUCAUCAACUUCUCCCACACACAUCUUUUAAAGCAGUCUUUUAUAAAUCCCACAGAGAGCAUCAUGCUUUUGAAGGCUGAUGUGGAAAGCAUUUAUGCCAAGAUCAUUUGUUGUUAUUUGAUGAUUUGAGCUGGUCUGGACAAGGGGAGGAUGGUGGAAGACCUGCAGAAGUGCUACAUGAGGUUGACCCUUUUGAAUUUCUGACAUUUCAAACUGGCCUAUUGCUACUGAAAAUGAAAAAACCCGAACAGUUGCCUUGACCACUAAAUACCUGAUUCAUUCCUUCAUGUUGAGUUGGUAUUUUUAGUUCUUAGUUGUUUCUUUAAAAAAAUAUUUUGGCCACUUGUUUGUUCAACUUGAUUAUAUUUGUUCCCAUUUCUUUAAGAUAGUUGGCUUUUUCUUCUGUGCUGUACUUAGUGAAAAGCAAAUAUGCAGAGAUGCUAUGCUGCUUUUCCAAGAUAUACUGUACAUAGAGGAAUCCUGGCUUGGGGAAAUGUAUUUUCAAUUUUCACUUUGAAACAUUCCUAUCAUGUUAAGAUUUACUCACUGGUUUUGUCCCAAGAGAGAAAGAAAUUGCACUGCAUUUAUUCUAAUGUUCAGUAAUCUGGUCUUGCACUGACAACAGCACAUAUUGUAAAUGUAAAUAGAAAAGAGUACCUUAAAUGAGCAAUUAAAGAGAACACAUUUAUAUUGGAACUAACCCUGUAUGGGAUGAUGUUAAUGUCUUUUAAUUGUAUUGAUUUCAGAAGAGCAGCCCUUGUUCAGGUUAGAAUCAGAAAUUUCUCAGUAGGAAGCCCUGCAAACUCAAUAACUCUUAUUUAACAGUGAAAGGGUAUUUAUGGUUUUAUAUUGUGUGCUCUCUUAUGGUACCUUUCUGUACAUCCAUGAAAAAAUGUCAUGAGUAAUUUCUAAUGAAUUGUACAAAUUGGAUCCAUCCCUCCCACCUCCUUUUGUACAUCAGGCCCAUGUCUGCACCCACUAUGUCAGUGUCAGAAUUGCUGCUGACUUCAGUGCAAAGGAAGAGAUCCCAUUGUCUGUAGUUUCAAUCCCUCAAAACUUCUUAAGUGUCCUUUUUAAAAUAAAUUAAAAGUACAGGAAAGAAAUUUGUGUUGCAGCUUG